AGAGCGGAAGAAGGGAAGAAAACAACAGCAGCAGCAGCGGCGGCAGCCCUCCGGCGAGGCGACGAUAGCUGACGAGAAAAGACAACACAGCGAUUUAACGACACCCUGUCCGGUAUCACGAAGUACCGGCUGCUCUUGUACGGUUAACACAGCCGUUAUUGUUUACAUUUAACAACAACAUGUCGGGUAUAAUGAGGCUAUUCGGCGGCGGGGGGAAGAGUGGAAAAGCGCCGACACCUCAGGAGGCUAUCCAGAAACUCCGAGAAACCGAGGAGAUGUUGGCCAAAAAACAGGAAUUUCUAGAGAAGAAAGUGGAGCAGGAGCUCUUAACGGCGAAGAAGAACGGCACGAAAAACAAACGAGCGGCUCUGCAGGCCUUGAAAAGGAAGAAGCGCUAUGAGAAGCAGCUGCUUCAGAUCGACGGGACGUUGUCUACCAUUGAAUUCCAGAGGGAGGCGCUAGAGAAUGCCAACACCAACACAGAAGUGCUCAAGAACAUGAGCAUUGCAGCCAAGGCAAUGGAGGCUGCACACCAACACAUGGACAUCAACAAAGUAGACGAACUGAUGGCGGACAUCACAGAACAACAGGAAGUGGCCCAAGAAAUCUCAGAUGUAAUUUCCAGACCGAUUGGUUUCGGAGAAGAGUAAGACGAGGAUGAGCUUAUGGCUGAGCUGGAGGAUCUGGAACAGGAAGAGCUGGAUAAAAAUCUUCUGGAAAUCGAAGGAACAGAGGACGUUCCUCUACCCAGCGUACCAUCUACAUCACUACCAGCUAGACCAGCCAAGAAGAAGGAGGAAGAAGACGAGGAUGACAUGGCGGACCUGGAGGCCUGGGCGGCUAACUAAGCUAGCUUGCCCUGCUAGCUAGCUAGAACCCCUCUCCUAUCUGUCUCUGUGCUAUAAGGCUUCUCCCAGACAUCUGGAAGAGAGACAUGGACUCUGGGCUCCUGGGCUGGCUGCUAGCAUGCUGCUCUGUCGUGAAGGCUACGUCCCAAUAUCUAACCAUACCCCAGCCCCAAAGUAUGCACUUGUGCACAUAUUCACUGACUUAAAAUGAACCAAGGUUUUUCUUCUCUGAUUAAUGUAACAGUAAAAAUCUUUUUGCUCCAGCUGUACACUUAUCUGUUUCUGAAGGGCAGAGACUACGAAAGGGCAGAUGUCGUGCCCUGACAGCCUGCGUUUAUGUAUUGAAAAAUCUCUUUUUGGGAAAGGCCACUUAUAGGGCAAGAGAGUGCAAGUGCAUACUUCCAGGGAAUGGUGUUUGGAGAAACAGGACGAGGCUUGUUUCUGGGAGCAAUGUGAAGAAUAAACAAAUGUAUGGGGAAAAAAAGCAAAAACAGAAAGACGAAGAGUCAGCCAUUUUUCUGCUUCCUGCGUUGUCAUCUCUCUGCUCUUCUACAGUGAUGGCGACAACCCAUCGUCUUCACCAUCUCUGCUAAAUCUCAGCAGCAGCAAAAAAAAAAAAAACAGAUGAAUGAUGAAAAUGUAGGACUUUCUUACUGACGUAUCGCUGUCUACCAAAAAGAUUACGUGUUACAGCAACAUUGUGUAAAGAGAGGAUCCAGGCUUUGAUCCCUCUGUCAGCCAUAUCUCCUACCCAAGUGUCCACGGGCAACUUCUUCAUUCGGCACUCUGGAUCUAAUCAGUUAAAUUCCUAAAAUGCCAUAUGAGGGGGGAAAAAGGAGCAUUGUCAAUAGAAAGGGCAUGUUUUCCCAUUACUCAACAUUACAGUGGCACCAGUGCCUGGUUAUAAUCAAUGCCAUCAGUGAGGCUUCCAGUAUGGACUUGGACGCUGAUACUGGAUCCUUUGCAGCUGCUUUUCUCAGGCAGACAUGACUGCCUCAAGCAGUAAUACUGGCUAUUCUUCUUCAGUCUGUGAAUGUUAAUCAUUAGCUAGCAGGCUAAUUUACCAAAGUAAGUGCUUACACCAACAAGCUGAUAAAGCCAAAAAGCUUGUACCAUAAACAUGUUUACAGCCAGUUUCAGCCUCUACAGCUAACUUCCCUUUUCAUGAAACCUUCACAGGGGGUGAAUGUUUAUAUAAAUCACCUGUUUAAAUUUUAUUAAGGUUUAAAAGUGCCCAUAUUCAAGGGCAGUGCCGCUUUGAGUCAGCUUCACCUCUGGUCCAAAUACGGUCACCUCUGGCUCCAGAAAUCACAGCCGAAAUGCCAAACUCAAGGCUUCAAACAGGAGUCCGCAAACGAAUCAGCGAUGUCAUGGUACUUACAGUCAAUAUUUUUGUACAGGCUAAGCGUGUGACCCUUCAAAACAAGUUGUGGACCUCUAAUAUGGCUGCCAGAGGGUAUAUUACAAACAAGCCCCCAGGAAGUGUGCUAAGUUUUGACGACGAUUCUGGAUCCAUCACAUGAUGCUGUUGGCAUGAAUGUAUAAAGAGAACUUGAUACAGCGUUGUACGUGGGGCCCUUUUCAUCCCAUGAAAGUUGCUCAGUGGUGCGUUAAGCCAGAAAAGAGUAAUUACCAUUUAUAAAGUUAAUUAUGAUCGGCACCUCUUCUGCAUGGUGUGGCCCACAAGCUGGCUACUUCCCUUUAAGCGCUCCACUGACUUGAAUGGGGAUAAAAAGAUUUUAUCAUGACAGUGUAAUAACACUGUUUGGCUGCACCAUUAAAUCAUUUCAAUCAUUCAGUCAUUUCUGAUUUAAGUUAGCGGAGUGCUAAACCAGAAGUGAGCCACUUGUCUCACAAAAGCCUGUAUUGUUUCUGCUGUGUGGGCUCAACCAUGUAGAAGAUAUGGGUAAUUUUAUAUUCGGGAAGUCUUUACAGGAGCCUCACCUUCAACGCUGGAUCCAGUACUCUUUAUACAUCCAUGAUAACAACACGUUGGAAGACUUUAGUUCGUGCCUGACGCCUCCAGCGCCUCGUCUGUCUGUGUUCAACAGUGAUGCACUCUGAGAAAGUCCUACAUUUGUGGAAUUUAAAGAUAAUGUGUGUGAGUGUGUGUGAUGUUUUUCAGCCUUUUGACACAGUGACCUCUUGUGAAUAUUAAGUCGAAUUAAAAUGGUGAGCUGACGUCUUUUUUUUUUUUUUUUUUAAUUUGCUCUUGACUCACCUGUAGUGUGAAACUCAUUCAAACACUGAGAGACAUACACGGUGGUCUUCAUGAUAAACCUUUGGCUCACUGCCUCAUUACUCAUGACUGUAGCUACACUUCUCUCCUUCUGUCAGCAGACACAUUUAUGCAUGGACGGACUGGAGUCGAUCCACAAUCAAACAGAUGGUUAAGACAGUAAUUUGAACAUGACUGAAGUCUUUAAAGUCUCACUCCAGACUCGUUUUGAAGUAUAAAUACUUAAACUAGUAUUUUGUCUAACGUGGUUUUCUCGCAUAAUAAAAACAAUUCUGUUUCCAGUGAAACAUGGCUAGCUUUAGAGAAACAAUUGAAGCGAUUCAGCCAUACAUGUUCGAGCCUCAGUCAGACCGGCUAGCUAGCAUUUAAUCAGAAUGUUCAGUGCAAAUUGCGUCUUUUAUUUAUGUUGUUUGUUAGCUUCGGUAGGUUCUGGGUAGGCAGCGGAAAGAAACUCCAGGGUCCAGUUUACAUCUCUACCAUGUUCACUAUGCUAAUGCUAACUCUGCUCUCUGUACUGCCAGGUCCGCUCUGCGCUGGAGGUUUCAGGUUUCUUUUCCAGAGUUGUGUUGACAUCUGUUCCCCUGACAACGAGAGUUUCCUAUAUUAGACAGCAAUUGGCUUUCGUAUUACUGACACAUCUUAUCUAGCUCGCCCGAGCUAUGUUUGAAUGUCCCCUUCAGUAGAAGAAUGUGAGGUCAGACAUUUUGGGGCCAUAAACAUAAGAAAAACAUUCUUGAGUGGAGAGGGACUUUAAAUGAAGUCGUCGUAAACACAGUAUGUCCUUAUUUCUAAGCCGAUCGACCCCAGUCUUGAUUUUUCAAGGUAUACUAUGCAGGAAUGCCAGUUACAACAUUCAAUUUUGGCCCCUCCUUCCGACACUGCUUGUACGUACACUCCAAGCUAUUGACAAAGGAAAGCUACAUUUGCAGUAAUGGAAAACCUAAUACUUAAACAAGCUGACAAAGCUAACCACUGGCACCUAGCCAUACCUCUUCUUCACCAUCAUCCUUCAGGGCUCGCCAGAGGAAAUGGAAGUGAAACCCAAUUGCAGAUUCAUCUUGCUUUGGAGCAAGCUCUGUCCACUUCUCCUCACUAUAUUUGCAUUUUUUUUUCCCAGCACUUUGUCCACAAUUUCCAUAACUUCCUCUUGGAUAUGUGCUGAUACGACCUGGUUGCUACUAUUUUAUAAAGUCUUCAACUUCCUUGUGUGCUCAUAUUAGCUGGGA